AUGGACGAUACCGUACAGAUUCAUACAGAUAAUAUACCGUUUACAAAUACUUUUAACCAAAACGAUAUGAUGAGUCAUAAGGUACCGUCAUCGUUAUCAGCAAGAUCAGUAACGGGGCAGUGUCAAGGCGUUGUAAUAGGAAGCACCAGAUGA